UCUAUGCUCGUUCGGAGGAGACAGAGCCCAGGUACAGACAGACAAAACUAUCAAACAGACACUGAAGCCGAAUGUGGAUUGCUGCUGUAGGCUACUAAAUGCAUACAUGACAAACAGCGGAUAUUAAAGAUGAACCACCAUGUGACCUCGAUCAUCCUGUGACAUCACACCGACACUGAGACAUCACACCAACACUGAGACGGCCAGGUGGGUGGAAGGACACCGAGCAGAGGCUAUGAACUCAAACAGCACAGCUUUGCUCUGAGGAGGAUUCAAGUGCCUUGUAGAUGGUCUGGAUAUCAUUUAGCUUCCUGCUACUACAGUCAAAUAAUAAGAGGCAUUCUUCUUUGUCAUCCUGGUUAGUGUUGCAGUGCACAAAAACAGCCAGUUACAUCAAAGGGUUACAAGCACCGUUUCACUUGUUUACGCAAGAGGAUAAUAAUUGAGCACGUUCUCUCCCUUCUCCUGAAACUAUAAAGCACCUAGCCUUGUGAAACCACCCUAUUCUCGUGAUUGCUGACAUUCUCACAAGUGAAGUGAACGGAAACGUGAACGCUACUAUAAAGGACCCAUAAUAACAAUCCAUAACAAAAUGGAGACUCGGUCUCUCUCGCAGGACUCCAUCCUGGAGUGUCAGAUCUGUUUUAACUACUACAGCCCGCGAAGGAGGCCCAAGCUGCUGGACUGCAGACACACGUGCUGCUCUGUGUGCCUGACCCAGAUGAGGUCCAGCCAGAAAGAGAUCCGCUGCCCCUGGUGCCGUGGCGUCACCAAACUCCCCGCCGGCCUCUCCGUCUCCCAGCUCCCCGAUGACCCUGACAUCAUUACCGUCAUCGCCAUCCCGCACGCCUCCGAGCACACGCCCGUCUAUAUCCGCCUGCCUAGCAAUGGCUGCUACAUGCUGCCCCUGCCCGUCGCUAAGGAGAGAGCGCUGUUGCCUGGUGAACUGGGCUGCCGGUUCCUGCCAGGUGGCAGCGGGCAGCAAAAGGUGGAUGUGGCGGUGGUGGCCAUGCCUGAGCUGCAGCCCCUGGGGAUGAGUCUCGACGGCCUGGAGGAGGCAGAGAGGAGGGGAGCCGGGGGAGGAGGUGGUGGAGGGGGGAAGGGCUCCACGUGGUCCGGGGUGUGUACAGUGAUCCUGGUAGCCUGUGUCCUGCUCUUUCUCCUGGGUAUCGUGCUCCACAACAUGUCCUGCAUCUCCAAACGUUUUACUGUCAUCUCCUGUGGCUGAGGGAAGGGGCCAGACAUCAUGUCAAUCACCAUGUUCCCUCCCACUCCCCCCUGCUGUAGCUCCACCACCCUCCUCAGCCUGGAUUAUGAUGAGGAUAAAGGAUUUUAUACCUAUCAUAGAUGGCCAAGAAAACAACAAACAGACCGAGACAGAGAGAGAGGGGGUUUGCUACAAAUAAACUGGGGACUGAAACUCAUUUGCUCCUAUUAUUGAUUUGGAGAUAUUCCGAAGACACAAAACACACACCCCUUUCCGUCAACUUGAUGCACCCCUCUACUCCCCAAACCCCAUUACACUGCCCCCCCCCCCCCCCAUCAGAAGGAGGGCCUCAGCCUCAUGGAAUUCUCGUGGACAUUUGAGGUAUCCUGUGGACCUAUGGACCCGGGGACCUAAUUUGGGGACCCCUGUGCCCCUGGGGACUGGUGGUGUCAGUACUGAGCACAUAUAGUAUCUCCAGCUGGAGCUGCAAUAUACAGUGUUUGGACCUCUUGGUAGACCUGGGAUCAAAUACAAAAAUUUGAAUCUUUUCAAAUACUUUGAGUGUUUGGUUAAGUCUGCCUGGCGUGCCAGAUGGGUGGGGUAUGACGUUUUGGGACUUUUCUAUUGGUUUAUUAAGCCAGGACAUUUUAAACAGAUAGGUAUUUCAAUUGAUUUUCCAAGUAUUUGAAACCCAGGUCUGCUUUCUUUAUUUCUGACCUCAGUGCUGAGGCGUAACAGACAGUGAAUCCAGUAAUUACUGUAUGUGGAAUCCACUAAACCACCUCGAGCCAAGGGUUGUUCCUAGAGGGACUGAUCAAUCAAUACCGGUGGUGGUUGUUCGCUGUGUUUGUGUCCCAAAUGGCACCCUAUUUAUUAUAUAGUGCACUGUGUAGGAAUAGGGUGACAUUUUGGGGAAGCGCUUGCUGUGUUUCAAAAUUUUGUCAGAAUCUCUCUGAUGGUCUAAAAACAGAAUGCUUACCUAGUGUUGCUCCAAUAUAUAAUGCAGUACUGUAUGUAUGUGGUGGUAUUUUGAUCAAUAAUGUUUUAAAAACAAAAACAGGGAAAUAUGUGAUCUCUGUGUUGUAAUAUAUACUUAUAAACCAGCCUAUAUUUGAUAGAAAGCACAUACUACAUGUCUUCAGUAGCCAGCCAGCCUAAAGUAAUAAUGAUUGAUGUAGUGUUGCAAUGAUUUGUCUAACCCCAAUGCCCUUCACUGAGAACAGAUGGUCGUUGCUUUUAAUAUUGAGGUCUCUGGUCAGUAUUAACAUGAAGGGCAGAUCAGUGCGAGAGAGAGCAUGUGGGUGGGCGUCCGUGAUAACCAGGUCUCAAGUCACAUUCUCUAUCUCUCACACUGAUCUCCCUUCAUGCUAAUACUGUCUUUGAUCUUCAUAUGGGGCUGUGAGGGUGCUGGGAGGGGUUAGGAGUGGGCGGGCUUGAGGGUCCAAGUCUUAAUGCUAAUCGCAUUGAUUUAUGAAGAGUUAUAAAUAUUUUCUUCUUCUUCAUGUUUGUAUCCCAAAUGGCACAUUAUCACCUAUCUAGUGCACUGCUUUUGACCAGGGCCCAUAGCGACCUGGUCAAACUUAGUGCACUAUAUAGAGUGCAGGGUGAAAUGUGGGACACAGUGUCUUUGUUGUUGUUGACAAAAUGAUUAUGAUCCGGUAUCUACUGUAUUAAAGCAAUUGAGUGUAAUCACAAACAAACAGGGUGAACUGUUUUGUAUAGCAGCCGUGUACAGAAGGAUUGUAUUUAUCCUAGUGGUCAUUCUUUCUAUUUGUGUUUACAUGUUUACUUCUGUCUGUCUGUAAUAGUAGCCUGGUCUAGAAUCAGUUCUUAUUGCAGCAAGUUAGAAACCUUGGUGGACAGUGUGAAGAUGCGUUCAGACUGGUCUAGGGUCAGUGCUCAAGACAGUGGGUUUGUUAGGCUCUUUGUUAGGGUUGCAGAAUUCUGUACAUUUUUCCAAUAUUCCCCAAUAUUCCCAGAAAUCCUGGUUGCAACCAAUCACAGCCAGAGAGGAGGAGGUUGUAGAAAUGAGAGAUUCCAGGUUUCGUGGGGAUUGGCUGAUCAGCGCUUACCUACAGAUAAUUGCACUGGGUCUGGCUGCUAUCAAACUGGUGCUGGAACCACCAACGGUCAAGAUGGAGCCUCUGCCCAAGCAUUCUGUAUGCUUCCCAAUAGUGCACGAUAUAGGAAAUAGGGUGCCAUUGGUCACAGGCUCUCUCUAUCCCCACCACCCUGUAAAAAAUCUAACAGACCUGAUGGGCUGCCACUGUGAUCGGCACUAAUGUAACUCAAUAUUGGACUCCUUAAAAAGGCAGUCAGUGAGUGAGAAAUCUCAGUUUGAUAGCCACAAUUAUCCUUAGGUAAGAGCUGAACAGCCAAUCCCCAGAACAACUGGAGUGUCUCAUGUCUACAACCUUUUCCUCUCUGGCUGUGAUUGGUUCCAACCAGGAUAUCUGGAAAUAUUGGGGAAUGAUCUAAAACUAUAUAUGCCACACUGAGUAUUGUUAUAUCAGACAAACACUGAAGAUUUCAUUUUUUUUAAGUAUGUACAUUUAUGGUGCCAAUAAACCAGACUAGUCCAGUUACAUUGUCUGUAGAUAGAUACCACAGUAAACAGCAAUAACAGGGGUUAAUGGGGAUGCAACCGAAAAUGGCACCCUAUUCCCUAUUAAUGUUAUAGUGCACUACCUUUGACCAGAGUCCUAUGGGCCCUGGUCAAAUGUAGUGCACUAUUUACGAAAUAGGAUGCCAUUUGGGAAGCAGUUGUCUGGCCCUAAAGGGUUUCUUUAGGUCAGUGGUAGGUGGUGAGGGGAGGACGGCUCAUACACUGGAAUGGAAUUUAUUAGAACGGUAUGUAUAUGAUGCCGUUCUAUUUAUUCCAUUCCAGCCAUUACAAUGAGCCCGUCCUCCGAUUUAAAGUGGCACCAGCCACCACUGCUUUAGGUCAGUGUUAUUUUAUGUAUUAAUACAUACAGCCAGUAAAAUGAUUUGAACCGAUGGACUCAAUGUGUUUGAAACCCCUGUUGUACUGCCAAUAGAUCCAUUGUUAAAAGAUGCAUGAUGUGAUUUUGCUUGGAUGGAGUCAGUAGAGGAUAUGGUUUUAUACGCAAAUGAAGGUACAGAGGAAUGUCAAAUAGUAUAGUUUAAAAGGUGUCUGUGCACAAUGAAGCUAUGAAACAUUAGAAUGGGGAUUUGGGGAUUUUUGGACUGCGUCCCUGGGUAGAUCUAUUGUGUUUCCCAAAUUGACCCCUAUUCCGUAAUAGUGCACUACUUUUGAGCAGGGCCCAUAGGAAUAGCGGGUGCUAUUAAGGACAGCGCUAAGAUGUUUCUUUCCAUGCUACAGUAAGCCUGUUUUUAAACUGGAAUCAUUUUCAGAGGACACUGUUUACUCUUAACAACAGUCCAUGUACAAAGCCAAGGACUACAUCCUGUAGCCUUAACCUUUUACUGCAGUGGGCUAAAUCAGGGUCACACCAAGUGUUUCUUGGUAGUAUUAAACAAAUCUACUU